ACUCAAUUCUCUGCUACAACUCUGUCUUUGGACAAUCCUACUGUUCAUACCACUGCAAUCAAACCUCUUUUUCCCCUCCAUAUCUCAAAAUGUCGGGCCUCUUGCCUGUGGCGGUGUAUGCCGCAAAAGUCCCACCGGGCGACAUCAUGAUUCCAGCAGUCCCCGACUUUGCUGCUACUUUCCGUCUUACAAUGGCAGCCAUUGACCCCACCGCUGAACCAGAAUUCGAAGACGCCGACGACAAGGGACCCGCCCGCGCAACUCUCAAAGUCAUUCGAGUGCCUGACCACCUGUUCAAUGACGACUCUGAUUCCGACGACGAAGACUACUUGGACGGUCUUGAAGACGAUUCGGAAGACGACGAGGAUGACGAGGAUGACGAAGAGGUCAACGGCGGCCCAAGCGAGCGAAAAUCAAAAAAGCAGGCUCUCCUCGAGGCAUUGGCCGCUGAUGUAGAAGAGGAUGAAAAGAUGGGCGAUGAUGAUGACGAAGAUGAGGAUGAGGACGAUGAGGAUGACGACGCAGAAGAAGAUGAUGGCAAGGCAGUCGAGAUCCUGAAGAAACUUCUAAAAGAUUCCAAGGGCAAGGGCAAGGCUCUCGAUGGCGAGUCGGACUCAGACGAAGAGGACGAAGACGAUGAAGCCCUUGAAAUGGAUGAGAUUGUCAUCUGUACUCUCGAUCCUGAAAAGCACCACCAACAAACUCUCGAUUUCGUCGUCGGUGAAGGAGAAAAAGUCUUCUUCAAGGUUUCAGGCACCCACACUGUCCAUCUCACCGGCAACUACGUCAUUCCCACCGAUGAUGGCCCCGAAACUUCCCUGUACGACGAAGACUAUGACUCUGACGAAGACUACGACCUCUCCCCAGACGAGGAUGAAUUGGCUGAGCUUGAGGGUCUCUCGGACGACGAAUCUGACGAACUCGACGACAUGGAUGACCCACGCAUCCUUGAAGUUGACUCGGAUGAAGAGGAAGCCCCCAAGCUGGUCAAGGGAAAGAACAAGCGCCCUGCUGCCGACAGUGAUGAUGAGGAGGCCACCCUUGACGACAUCAUUGCUAAGUCGCAGUCCAAAGCUGAUGCCGCUGACGGAGAGUCCAAGAAGCUGAGCAAGGCCGAGAAGAAGAAGCUGAAGAAGUUGAAGAAGAAUGACGGAGAAGCGGCCGCUGUCGAACCCUCGACAGAUGCCGCCGCCUCCAAGAAAGAGGCCAACGGUACAGAGAAGAAGGUCCAGUUCGCCAAGAACCUCGAGCAAGGACCAACUCCUUCUGCCGCUCCCACCACCAAAGCCGAGAAAGCGAAAUCGACACCGUCCAUCACUGAAGUCCAAGGCGUGACUAUCGACAAUCGCAAGACUGGAACCGGGCCCGCUGCCAAGAAGGGCAACCGCGUCGAGAUGCGCUACAUUGGCAAACUCGACAACGGCAAGGUAUUUGACAGCAACAAGUCUGGCAAGCCCUUCAGCUUCAAGCUUGGCGCCGGUGAGGUCAUUAAAGGCUGGGACAUUGGUGUCGCUGGCAUCCAAGUCGGCGGUGAGCGACGGCUGACCAUCCCUGCAAACCUCGCGUACGGAAACAAGGCUGUGGGAGAUAUCCCCAAGGGAAGUCGCCUGACAUUCGACAUCAAAUGCUUGGGCAUCAAAUAAGGCACAGGCAUCCGUUAUGGAGGAUGUGUAAAAUGGGACAGUCGCACAUUGAUGGUCGUCCUCUCUGGCCUCACCUCCACAUUUCGUCGGUAUCCUGAAUUGGAUACUUAUUUCAUCUGUCCUCGCCUACCUCAGUCCUCAUGGCAUGAUCAAAUGCCGGCGUUGAGUGUCGAUCCAUAUUAAAGGCCUCGGGUACCCUCAUCCAGGGCAUGCGAUUCCCCUGUAUUUACCUACUUAGCAGCGCUGUUCCGUGCAUCAGCUUUCUCAGCCGUGCUUCAAAGGGCGUGGACAACAUGAGAGCAGCAGUAACAGCCGCAUUCUGCACAGCGUGUGUAUCAUUGACGAAAAUAGUUUGACAGAAAGCAGAAUAGAAC